UUUUUUUUUUUCUCUCUCUCUCUCCUCAAUCCGGUCUCAGAAUUUGUGAUUGAGAGGGAGAGAGAAUGUCAGGAGGCGGUACACAGAAAAGCAUAAGGAAAGCACUUGGGGCCAUUAAGGACACCACCACUGUUUCAUUGGCUAAAGUCAACAGUGAUUACAAGGAAUUGGACAUUGCUAUAGUUAAGGCCACAAAUCAUGUUGAAAGACCUGCAAAGGAAAAGCAUAUUAGAGCUAUUUUUGCUGCCAUUUCAUCUACUAGGCCUCGGGCUGAUGUUGCUUACUGUAUCCAUGCUCUUGCCAGACGGUUGUCAAAAACACAUAACUGGGCGGUUGCAUUGAAAACUUUAAUUGUUAUUCAUCGUGCUCUACGGGAAGUGGACCCCACUUUUCAUGAAGAACUCAUUAAUUAUGGUAGAAGCAGGAAUCAUAUGCUUAACAUGUCUCAUUUCAAAGAUGAUUCCAGUCCAAAUGCAUGGGAUUAUUCUGCCUGGGUUCGCACUUAUGCCUUAUUUUUGGAGGAGAGGCUGGAAUGCUUUCGUGUUCUGAAGUAUGAUGUUGAGACAGAUAGACCUAGGACUAAAGAUCUAGAUACUGCUGAAUUGCUGGAGCACCUGCCUGCUUUGCAACAGCUUCUUUUCCGUGUUCUUGGUUGUCAGCCUCAAGGAGCAGCAGUUAAUAACUUUGUCAUUCAGUUAGCACUUUCAUUGGUUGCUUCUGAAAGCAUUAAAAUCUACCAAGCGAUUAGUGAUGGAGUAGCCAAUUUGGUUGACAAGUUCUUUGAGAUGCAACGCCAUGAUGCCAUGAGGGCCCUGGACAUAUAUAGGAGAGCUUGUCAGCAGGCGGAAAGACUCUCAGAAUUUUAUGAGAUAUGUAAAAGCAUGGAUAUUGGACGUGGAGAAAGAUUUAUUAAGAUUGAGCAGCCUCCUGCAUCUUUCCUGCAAACAAUGGAAGAGUAUGUGCGAGAAGCUCCACGUAUGUCAGUUCGCAAAGAUCAGGUUGAUAAUAAGAUUGGUGCGCCAAAGGAAGUCUUAGCUAUAGAGUAUAAAAAGGAACCAGAGGUGAAGGAGGAGCAGCCACCAUCACCACCUCCAUCUGAACCUGAAAAAGUUGAAGCACCUGCACCGAUUGUUGAUCCACCUGAUUUGUUGGCCUUGGAUGAUCCUGUUCCAGCUGCUUCAGAACUAGAUGAGAAGAAUGCGCUGGCUCUGGCUAUUGUUCCAGUUGCUGACCAGCCAAGUACGACUGCCCCAAUUCAAGCCAAUGGCACUACAGGAUGGGAACUGGCCCUUGUCAUGGCUCCAAGUUCAAAUGAAAGUGCUGCAGCUGCUAGCAAACUGGCGGGAGGACUCGAUAAACUUACAUUAGACAGCCUGUAUGAUGAUGCAAUCAGACGAAGCAAUCAGCCUGUGAGCUAUAACCCAUGGGAAGCAGCUCCAAUGGCUGGUCCCACGAUGCAAACAACUGCACAUGAUCCUUUCUUUGCCUCGCAUGUAGUGGCUGCACCACCUUCAGUGCAGAUGGCUACAAUGGCCAAUCAACAACAGGCUUACAUGUUGCAGCAGCAGCAGAUGAUGAUGAUGAUGGGCCCACAACAACAACAGCCUUCAAAUCCGUUUGGCAAUCCUUAUGGAACCAGUAUGCAUCCCUAUGGCUCAGGUAUGCCACCCGUUCAAGCCUACAAUCCAUAUUCAGGGGGCCUCUUAUAGAUGCUUUACAUGUAAAAAACACAUUCUUUAUCUGGAAACAUGAGAAAGGAAGAAUACAGGGGAAUCGAUCAGCUUGACAUUUUGAGAUUGGGGAAGACCAGACAAUUGUGUACCAUAUGUUGUGUAUGUGCAGUAGUCAGUUAGAAUGAGAUUCUUCUUUAAUAAUUAGCGAGAAGGCUUUCGAUUAGUGAUUAUUUACAUUGAUGAAGGUUUUAGCAAUAAUGCUUUUCGGACUACUAUAGUUCAUCAACCUGCUCUGUUGUUGUUUACAAGAAUUAUCUCAUUAUUCUUUUCCUCGGUAAGGUUUACUCAUAGAUAUGAUAGAAAUGAUUUGUAAUCUUUGUGAUUAUCACCACAUUUAUGUAAUGAACAGACGUGAAGUUUGAUUUGUGGCUCUUGGAUUCUUCAGGGGUUCCUUAAGGAUGGCGUUCACUAUUGAUUUUUCA